UUUACCACAACUAUACGAACAUGCUGCGCGAAGCGCCUAUUCUCAGAAAGAAGAAAAACACAGUACGGCGGAGUUGAAAAAGGUUUCUCACCGCCACCACGCCGCUUCGUCUCUCCGCCCCUGCCUCCGCCGCUUGUCAUCCUUUAUCGAUUAUCAUGGGUACAUCAAAUAACAGAGACCUCUUGACCUCGUUUAGUCCGGCUUUAGACUUCUUAGCUAUCAGUUCUGGAGAUGGUCGAAUUAAGAUUUGGGACACUUCGAAGGGUCAGCUCCAGAUUGAGUUUACAGAUAUUGUGUCAAACGAUGGAGUCAAUUUAUUGACUAAGCCGGGUAGUGGGCACCUUUCGGUUGAUUAUACGUGCAUGAAGUGGCUGUCUUUGGACAAAAAGAAAAAGAGGAAGCUUGGUAGUUCGUUGUUGGUGUUAGGGACCGGUAGUGGUGAUGUUUUAGCCCUGGAUGUAUCUGCGGGUCAAUUGAAGUGGAGAGUCAGUGACUGCCAUCCCGGGGGUGUCACUGCCAUUUCAUUUCCUACAGAUUGUUCAUGCAUUUACACAGCGGGUACAGAUGGAAUAAUUUGUGAACUUGAUUCCAUGACUGGGAACUUGUUGGGCAAGUUCAAAGCUUCUACAAAGGCAAUAUCUUCUAUGUCUGUUUCGCCAGAUGGGAUGAUUUUAGCAACUGCAGCUGCUCAGUUGAAGAUUUUUAAUUGUUCAGAACAUAAAAAGAUACAGAAGUUCUCAGGCCAUCCGGGAGCGGUUCGUUGUAUGAUCUUCACAAAAAACACAAACUACAUCCUUUCUUCUGCUGUUGGUGAACGGUAUGUUGCAGUUUGGAGAAUAGAUGGAAGCAAAAAGCAAUCAGCUUCCUGUGUUCUUGCAAUGGACCACCCUGCUGUCUUUCUAGAUAGCAGGUGCAUCAACACUGGGGAUGUUGACGAGGCAGGUGUAUAUGUUCUGGCCAUCUCGGAAAUGGGUAUUUGUUAUUUUUGGUAUGGAAAGAAUAUUGAGGAAUUGCGCAAUGCCAAGCCCACAAAAGUCUCCUUAUAUAUUGAUAACAGUGUCUCUAGGAAUCAGAAAGGUGCAGUACCUACUAUAUUUGCUGCAAAGUUGCAAGGCGUUGCUAGACCUGCCUCUGCCCAUGUGUUUGUUGCCUAUGGUUCACUAAUAAAGCCAUCAUUUGAGAAAAUUUUAGUGCAUUCUGGCACAGACAUAAAAUUAAACAGCUCCUCAGAUGGAAUCCUUCUGCCAAUCCAUCAGUCUCACAGAAUUAAGAAAGGAAUAGAUGUACAAAAUGAAGUUACUGCUCUAGACCGUGCAAACGCAGAAGAUGCUUUAUGUCCAAUGCCUAAGAUUUUUGAUUUUCAUGAAAAGAAGAAAAGAGAUCAGAAUUCAAGUAUUGAUCCCGAGGAGAUGACAGCUGAUAAUUUAGUCAACGAGGGUGGAGCUAUGGCUGUGGCAAACAGAGAUGAUGUGGAUAAUGUUGGAAUUGACAAUGUAAGGGUUUGCAUGGAGGACCGGCUGAGAACCCUAGGUAUACUAAACAAUAAAGAUGAUCUUACAUCUAAUUCAGUGUUUGAUUCUACAAUGUUGAAGGGAAUCAGUCUUGAAGCUAAUAUGCCACAAAGAAAGAUGAGGGCUGCUGUUUUAUCUAUGGUACCUAGUGAUGCGUAUGGCUUGCUGAAAGUCUUGGUGAGCAUGUGGCUAUCAAGAUCAUGCAGUGGGAACUAUGUUCUUCCUUGGAUUUGUUGUAUAUUGGUGAACCAUAGUGAUUAUGUCAUAUCUCAGGAACCUGUGACCCAAGUGUUUGAUUCCUUAUACAAGCUUUCUAAAUCCAAAGGGGUAGCCAUUCAAUCUUUAUUGCAGUUGUCAGGUCGUUUGCAACUUGUAACAGCACAGAUCCACAAUGCCGCACAUAACACAAGUCAAAUAAUAGCUCAAGAUGACCAGAUGGACGAAAGUGACAAUGAUGAUGUCGAUGAAUUUCUUUAUGGUGAAGAUGAUGAGGAAUCUCAAAAUAGUGGUAGUGAUGAUGACUAGGUGUGUUUUACCACAAGAGGUUCAGGGUUGCGUGGUGCACAUUCAAUAUGGAACUACACAAUUUGGCAUACAAAAUUUGAUAUUUAUUGGAAUUCUUUUCAUUUUGUUGUAAAAGUGACCUAUAUGUAAUUGUGAGAACGCUGCAAUUGUCAUACCUAUUCUUCAAAUUAGUGUCUUUUACUAGAUUCCUGAGAAAAAUGAAUGUCAAUUCAAGGACACGGGUCACAGCUAACUAUUCAUAAUUUUUAAUA